AGACAUCGUCAUGGAGCAGGACAGAAAGACUCGACCAAACAACACCACAGACGUGUUGGUGAAGUGGCUUAACAAGAGGAAGGUGCGAUCCUUCUAUACUCCUUUCAGCGGAGAUAACCUGAGACUUGGAGCUCAUCAUCUGCUACAGGCUUCUGGACUCGGCAAGUUAAAACCCAACACUCUGGUUCUGGGCUUUAAGGCAAACUGGAGGGACAGCGCUCCAGAUACCAUCGAGGAUUAUAUUAACACCAUUUAUGAUUCCUUUGACUCCAAUUACUGUUUGUGCAUCUUGAGGAUGAUGGACGGCCUGGACGUCACUGCAGACUUGGAUUUUCAAGUGAACGAUGGCUUUGAAGCUGAUGAACCUGAAGAACCCGUGGAACACGAUGACCAGCAGAGUAAUGAUGAAGACCCAGGUGAGAGAUGA